AUGAAACUUCAGAGCUCUUCCUGUGGUAACCCCGGAGUGCCGCCCAAAGCCGUGCUGAGCGGCGGCGGGAAGUUUGCAGUGGGCGACCGUGUCCAGUACAGCUGCGUCCCGGGUUACGUGUUAGACGGACACGCAACGCUAACGUGUAUCACAAACGCCGGCAACACAGCGGUCUGGGACUUCCCCGCCCCCAUCUGUCGAGCUCGGCAAGCCACGCCCACGUAG